CGCCGCUGGUUGGGAAGAGAAACAUGGCCGUCGUGAUGCCAACGGAGGAUUUUCCCUACUUACCUUCGGGUCUGGCGGAGGUAAAUAAGAUGAUAAAGGAGCAUGGCGACCUGUUUUCUGACUCCCAGUGUAAAGUCUGCAGCGCUGUCCUAAUUUCCGAGUCUCAGAAGUUGACACAUUACCAGAGCAAGAAGCAUGCCAACAAAGUGCGGCGUUACCUUUGCAUCCAAAACGACAUGGAGCCCACAUUUAAAAAGUUCAAGUCACCAUCGUCCGACACUGACUGUAACAAUGGAGACACAGAUCGGUCCAAGGUGUGUCAUGUAUGUAACAUGACCUUCUCAUCCGCUGUGGUGGCCGAAUCUCAUUAUCAAGGCAAAGUUCACGCCAAGAACCUGAGACUGAAAACCAUCGGCCCACAAACCCAAACAGCGUCCCAAACGGCAGCACCACCACCAGCUCAGCCGAAGAAGAAAACUGUAGACGAGACGAGUGGCAACAGCGACAACCCUGACCGCUUCUGCUCCAUCUGCCAGGCGUCCUUCAACAACCCGCUCAUGGCUCAGCAACAUUACGUGGGCAAGAAGCAUAAAAAACAGAUGACAAAGCUGAAACUGAUGGAGACUUACGGCCCCUCGACAACACCAGCUUCCACAGUGAAGGGCUACCCAUGCACCCUUUGUAACAUUGAACUCAACUCGGUGGAGCAGUACCAGGCACACAUCAGCGGUGCCAAGCAUAAGAACCAAAUGAAGAAAUCGGGCAUGAGCACUACCGAGAACCAGGAAGGUGCAGAGCAGCCAUUUCGUGGAGACAACCAGUACACUGCUGGAGAAAACCAGUAUGCUGCUGAGGAAAACCAGUACGCUGCUGAGGAAAACCAGUACACUGCUGAGGAAAACCAGUACGCUGCCGAGGAAAAUCAGUACGCUGGUGGAGACACUGAGUACUCAGAGGAGUACCAGUACACCUGAGGCCGGACUGGCAGGGGACUAAAGUUGCUUCGGUCAGGACUCAGUGUGAUACAACAAGUAGCCCCUUUAAAAAAAUUAACCCAACCCUCAACCUCCAUAGAGCUUCAGUUCAGUCCAUCUUGUCUGAGUAGGUUUUCCCCUGGACCAGCGUUAUCUAAACCAGAGGUUAGGACCCAAAACGAUGUGCAGGCCUCUAUUUGGAAGGUUUCCCACAAGAGGACAUGUAUGUUUUAUUGAGCCUGAGUCCCAGGCUCACAGUAUUUUAUCAGUUUGGGUACCCGGCUACAUCAGUACAAAGAAUAUUGAAAUGGUAGAGUUGGGAGUUAAAAAAUAUAUGCAUAUGUGACUGUGGGUUAGAGCUGGGCAGUAUAUCAAUAUUAUAUCGAUAUCGUGAUUUCAGACUAGAUAUCAGCUGGGGUUUCAGAUACAUAGUCUUACAUUUCCUGGUUAUAAAGGGUGCAUUACAGUAAAGGCGUGCAGUUUUCUUGAAGUUAUCAGACUGUUCUAGUCAUUCUAAUAUUUGUUUCUAGCUGCUUGGUCGUCAUAUCCAAAUUGAUUGUUAAUCAAAAAUCUCUUAUCACAAUAUUAGUAUGGAGGUAUUCAGUCAAAAAUCUUGUGUAUUUGAUUUUGUCCAUAUCGCCCAGCUGAUGUAACCACAGUUAAGGCUGGGCGAUAUGGACAAAAUCAAAUACAUACGAUUUUUGACUGAAUGAUGUGAGUGAUAAUAUCACUAUAUUGGGAUUAAAAAAAUGUGCAAGAUGAAACCACAGAACUAGAGACAAUUUUCAUUUUUGUUUCAUCUGAGGUUAUGUUUUCAAUUGGUCAGUUAGUCAUUUUAUCUAUCAGAUGUUAAAAAUAACAGAUAAGCAUCACCAGUUACUGGAGUUGACUUUGUCUGACCAGCAGCCAAAACAAACCCUUAGUUUUCAUUCAUAAUGAUAUGAAAUUGGAGAAAAGCAAGCCGACCUCAACAUUUGUGAGGCUGUAACCAGCAGUUGUCUUGAUCUUAUACUUCCUCUGUCAGUCACUGAUAUUUGAUAACUGUUGUCAUAUCACCCCCUGCUCUUCCCAAGUCACACAAACAAUGUCCUCAAGUGUUGAGGCCAUGAACACACCGCUUACCUUUACCUGUGUGCUGGCUGCCCUGCUGAUCUGCUGCGGUGUGGUGUCCACCCAGACAACAGUGCUACAGCGCUGCUACUCACAGCCCAUUUUUACCUGAGCUUGCCUUUGAUAAUGGCCAGUGUCUUUUUUUUUUUUUUUUUUUUUUUUAUUUCAAUGGAAGAUUGUAGUGACACGUAACCAGGAGGCAGUCGUGAGUUUUUGUUUCACCCUCAUUCACAGAGGGGGAGAGAGCGAGAACCAGAAAACUGCUGCCCUUCUCCUGAUGUUCUGUUAACUUAUUAUCAUACAUAGGGUCUCUGUUAUGACCAUGUACAUGUAGUUAAAUAGUUAAAAUGCUAAAUUGCUAAAAUGGUUAAAAAAAAUUCUAUUUUUGUGUCUGUGUCAUUGUACAGAUCUUGACAGUGAAACUAUAUCAAAAGGUGUCAGUUAUAUAAUGUUGCUGAUAUGUUGAUCUGACUCAACACAUUAUUUUUUAAUAUUUUUGUUCAAGUCCACACCCCCUGCAGAGAAAAUAGGCUUCAUAUUGAAACACUAGAUAAUGCACACACGCAGCUUAGAUAGGUGGUGUGUUCAGGGCCUCACAGCUGUAGCACUAAUGUUACUGUAUAUCCUGACUGAAACGUUUCCUCACAUCGUUGGGCAUACAGAAGACUAGAACUUGGAAAGAGCAAAAUAUAUGAAUGAACUAGCUAAUUAACCUGCUUACUGUGAGGAUGGCUCUCCAACUUCAAUAUAACUUCAGUUCUGUGCAGUUUAGUUAGGCUGGAGUUCUGUAGGACAACCUACCAGUCAAAGUCAUGAAUUUGGUUUGUAUCAUUAUUUGUGUUCUGAAUGGGUUUGGUGAUAGAGGAAUAUAUGAAAGUUGUACUUUGUAAAGCUAACUCUAAGAGUUUUAGCGAACAGCUUCAAGAGAUUCAAGAGUUGCUAGCAUGGCUAGCUUUGUUUUAUGAAAACUUUCAGCACAGUUUGAACUUUCCUUUAAGCAGCUAGCUUAAUUUGCUCAGAUAAAUCAUUGAGUUGCGGUACCUCUGAUUAAUUUCAUGUCUCAGAUCCUGUACUAGGGAUACACUGACACUGACACUGAAGACUUUGCUGGACCCAAGCCAGGGUAAAGUAGGGCAUUGUGAACUCACCAUUUAACUCUAACAUCUGAUCCCAGGAGCCACAUGAAAAACGUCAGAAGUAGAAGCCAAACAACUGUUUUUUUUUUCCCUACCUAAAUGUAUGUUGUGUUUUUUUGUUUGUUUGUUGGUUUGUUUGUUUGUUUUUUAGCUCAGAAAAUGUAUGAGAUCAGAUCAGCGCUUGUAACUGAGAAUCGUGUCGGCUGAGAGUAAGAUGUAUCUGUGUAUCUCUACUCUCUCUGACCUGGGGAGCAAGUUUGGGCCUCUUUGUAAAUACAAAAAUAAGCUAGCAUUUACAGAAGAACAUGGUUUAAAAACAGUAUAUAUUUGAAUGUUUUCAGAUUAUUUGAAAUAGUCAAAGAGCUGUCAAUUUUUCUUACCGAUCACUCAGCCUCAAAUGUGGGACACAUUUCCUGCUGCGUAGGACAAAUAGGUGUUAAAAUUUAUUCUAUCCUGGUGUGGAUGUGGCUGAAUGAAACUGGCCUUAUAUAAUUUAACAGGCCUCUGUGUGCAGUCAGCCGUUGCUUAUCAUUUGAGACUUUGUGGGAUCCAAUGUCAUUUUGAGAUCUGAUCUUCAGGAUCAGUUUUUGAGAACUGUGAAGAAGUCCUGGGAGUCUGCUCUGAAAAUGGCUGUUAAUCGGCUCCUAUGGAUAUCUUUUUAUUUAAAUCUGCAUACACUUGCUUUCCUGCUCUUGGCCUCUUUAGUUUAACCAUUUUUGCGUUAUGGCUGCAUCAUGUCCAGAAUGCAUAGAAUUAUAAUCAUAUUGCAAGCUUGACAAUUUCUAAACCUGGUUUUGAAGAUCAGAUCAUUGUAGAAGAAGUGAAAACCCACAUUUUGCACAUCUAGAUCUGUGACUUACACUGAAAGUGAAGUGACCAAACUUACGUGACCUGAUGAGAAAAGUCAAAUUGAAACAGCAGGUAUAAGUUAAUUCUGUUAUGAUAUAUAUCAGUACUGUUCAGACAUAGAAAAGGAGUCCCAGGCAUUAAGUUGUCCAUUAGCCAUGAUAAUCGGUUCUGCUAUUAUAAGUAGAAUUUUAGGUACGUUGAAUGUGUAUUUUUACUUUUCUUUACUUUUCUUUCUUUAUAUUAUGUUUAUAUUUAAACGUUUAAUUUCAGUCAUCUUGGAAAGGCUAAAGUUCCUGCUCCUUUCCUCUGCUCUGUCCAUCCGCUGUUACUGUUUUUAAAAUGGUGUUGAAGGCGGAGAGAAACUCAAACUGGGUGCUGUUAUUCUACUGCGCUACACACUCCAUGAGGUAAACGCAUGUGACAGCUGUCUGUGUUUGACACCCAUCUGGUCAAAAUACAGCUUGGUGCAUGGGAUUAGAACAUGGGUGCUCUUGUCUAGGUUGCGAGAGUGGGCAGAAUUGACAUUUGACACGGCUUCAAAUAAAAAAAAAAAAAAAAAGUUGAACUUUAAAAGCUUAAGUAAGUAAGCUUUAAAAGCUUACUUUGCUCUCAUUGAUUUGGAAACCCUGAGAUGAGUGUGAGCUGUGAAGUCGGUUUCAGAAACUUGACUAAAGUUGAAAGUGACUGAUGGAUUCUGGCAUCCUUCAGCUACUUUCACUGAUUUUUGUUUUUGUUGUGUUUUGUUGAACUCCUUUUCAUGGCUAGCUAUCAGCUGAAACUCCCCAGCUACAGUCAGUAUUUGUCAGUGUUUGGCUGCUGUUAAUUAAAAACAGUGUCGUUGUGUUCAGAUAAUGGCUGGUUCUCUUAUGUGCAUUCAUUUUCAUGUCCUGAUCACAGACUCCCUGCUACAGUAAAUGAAAAACAUAAGGACAUGAAACCCCCCACACAGGUUUGGUAGCGGGAAUGGGGAUGAUGUUGAUGAUGAUGAAGAAUAUUGUCACCACACUUAACAUUUCAGUGGCAGUGGACAUCAUGCAGCAGGCAGUUGGAAAAAAAGAAAAUAUAAGCUGUGCUUGUUUUGUACUGUUCUGUUUUCUUUUUUUAAUUAUUGCAUCCAUUGAAGACGUAAAAAGACGUACAUGUAUUUCUCCUGAGUUGUCCUGACUGUGGGCUUUGUAAAACAAAGGGACUGAAUGUUUGAGCAGCAGAGCAGCUGUCACCAUGUUGUCAUAUAAGCUGUUGUUUCUAACGGCGAAAAAGCUAGCUGCUGUCACUGAGAGAGAAUAUUUACUUUACAUUUUCAAGAAUGAUGUCAAAAUAGGAUGUCAUUAAUGGUUCCUUUUUCUUUUUUUUUCUUUUUUUUUUUUUUUUUUUUUAAGUCCAUUUGUGCUUUGUUUCACACAUGACCAGUUGAAUAUUUUAGUAUUGAAUGUCUCAUUAACAUGGUGGCUAAAAGUAAAAUUGAAGUUAUUUUGGAUGUAAUUCAUAAAAAGAGGGCUUAUACAUACUGUAUAGUACAUUGUGUAAAAAUGACAUUAAUGGCCUUUUGUGUUCAAACCUCAUUGGUGUGUUAGCUGUUGUGUGAUAAGAUUUAUUUUCAAUACAAGUUAUGUAUACAUGGGGAGGGGGGGGACAAAAAGUGCUGCAAAGAUGUGCAUCUAGUAAAGAAAUGUUUUAAGAGA